CAAUAUUACAAGCACACCACACAACACAUUGUCAUAACUCUCAUCCUGAAAUUCACACAGUAAUCUGCUUAACCAUCACAAAAGAAACCAUCAAGCUACAACGAUCAUGGCUAACACAUCACAAACUGGUGCAGGUACUACCGAUGCUAGACUUCUAAGUUAUGAGGAUUUUCAUCCCUUGGCCGAGUUGAGCGAGGACAAAGAUAAUUUUAUCUUAACUCUGCAUCUCCCUGAAUUCACGAAGGAGCAAUUGAGGCUCACGCGCGUGCGGGGAUCUUACAAAAUUCGGAUAAAGGGAGAGCGACAGAUUGCAAUUAACAAACGGCGCCGGUUCAAUCAGAUUUAUACAAUCCCACAGAAUUGUAACCUUGAUAAGAUCGAGGCAAAGUUGCAAAAUACAGUUCUAACAAUCACAAUGCCAAAGGAGGAUGUCAAGCUGCAGCGAGUCCCAUUAGCAGCUAAAGAGGAGGCAAAUAUGAGGCAAGAAGCAGCUCAUCCAGCAGUGGCUUGUUUUCCGACAAUCACAAUGCCAAAGGAGGAUGUCGGGCUGCCGUCAGUCCCACUAGAAGCUAAAGGGGGGGCAAAUAUGAGACAAGCAGCAGUUCCUCCAACAGUUGCUUGUUCAUGCGACAAAAUGGAUUUUGUAAGGAAAGUUGAUGAUGGUCAAUUGAGUUAUCAGAAACCUCAGAAUAUGGAGACCGGAGCUCAAAAGGAUCAAGAUGGAGCUUCACCACAACCACCACAAGUUGCUUCAACUAGCAAUAAUGCCUUGGACAAGCUAGCUGUAGAGGAGACGAAAAGCCAGGCGGAAGAGGUUGAUCAAAGUGUCAAAGAAUCGACCAAAAAGGAAACAAUUAGCAAAGAAUUGUCAAUGACUCUGAGCGUAAAGGAAGGAAUUAGCAAAGAAUUGUCAAUGACUCCGAGUGUUGAUAAACCUGAGAAAGAAGGCACGGUUCGAAAGGGCGAAGAUGAAACUUCAGGGAAAUUGCCACAAGUUGUUCAAAGUGUUGUCUCACAGAGUGGUAGUCCAGAGAAAGAGAAGAAUAAUAAAGUCGUCGAUAAAGAAAAAAUUUGUGGGGAUGAAAGUAUGAAGGAAAUGAAGAGAAUAAAAGAUGCAGCCAUGAAGGCAGUGAAGGGACUGUUAAUAAAGACUGAAGAAGAGAGGCAAAUAAAUAAGGUUGGUGUUGGUGUGGCAGCUCUUGUGGUUGUGGGUAUUGGAGUUUAUGUUGCCUUGAAAAUUAGAUCAAAAGCUAGAAGUAAUUAAUCAAUUAGCUUGUUCUUGAAAUACCGAGAACUCUGUGAUUGAUUAAGCUGUAUUUAUGUUUUAAAAGUGAAUAAAAUUUACUGUGAAAUA